GACGGAUAUCAUACAAAAAGUAGUGUAAAUUAAAGGGGUAAAACGAAAUGGAAUGAUUUCCCAAAUGUGUAUAAAAUCAACUAUGUGAAUUUUUUUUUUUUUUUUGUGAUGUGCCUCUCCGCAAUUGUCGCCCGGGGCGAAAAAGAGAUCGUCGCACAUGCCGUCUCACCGUGGAUGUACAAACCGAGUUAAAAAGAUUUAAAGGGGGGGAGGGAAAAAGCUUUGCCAAAAUGUAUGCCUUUGAAAAAAAAGAAGAAACCUAUUUCACCAAAGCUAUCUAUGCAUAUGGGAUAAACAGGAAUGUAAAGAAUCCAUUUUAUUUGCUAGAGGAGAACUGCCUUUUCUACUGCAUAGGGACCAAUGGAGUCAUCCACUCAGUUUCGGAGAGAAAACAAAAGUUCCUACUGAGCGAUGAAAGCAGUUACGGGAUUGUAUGUCUGGGGGUGAGCAACGAUAGGAAGCUCCUAGUGCUAGGGGAGAGGUCCGUUAGGAAGCCGUUCCUUUCCAUUUACACCAACAGUUCAAAACUGGUUAAGAGGAUAACCCUAGAAAUCGCAGACAAUGAAUGCACAAUUAUGAGCAUUUCAUUUUCUUCAAAAAAUAAAUAUUUGUACUGCUUAACGAAUGGGAGUACCAAGAGCCUUUUCUUCUGCUACGAUUGGCUGCAGGGAAAGUUAAUGUAUUGCAAGAUUUUCCCGCCUUCCCUUUUUUGCGACUACUGCGACAUUUGCCUGAACCCUCAGAAUUCGUCCUACGUGGCGCUGCUCUCCGUGUGCGGUGUGAGCGGUGAAGCGAUUGGCCAGGCGACAGCCCAUGUGCUUGCCGACGCAGCUGCUGAUGCAGCUGCCAACGGGGCUGCCAAUGUGACUAUCGGUGCAACUUCCAGUGGGAGUGCCAGUGGGAAUGCAAAUUUAACCGCCGAUUACGACGCCCCUGGCCAGAGCAACAGAAAUGUUACGCAGCAGGUCAACCCCGUGGGGCCACCCACCAAGCGACACGUAUUCCUCUACCAUAACGUUGACAGAAACUUAGUCGAAAUAAAAAUAAAAAAUAAAAAGCUAGACAAAAUAGACCGUAAUUUCACCAAUUGCUGCUGGCUAAGUGAUGGCGUUCUCCUACUGACGAACAGAAGUAAUCACCUCAUUUUUUACGAUGCUAAGAAGGAGAAAGUGAAGAUAUGCAACAAGCAUUUGAGUAGCCUGGAGGUUGUGAAAGUGGCUUGUCUUUCGAGGGGCUUUCUCCUCUUCGAUUAUGAGGGUGUGCAUGUAUAUGAGAGGUCCCCUGAUCUGAGCACCAACUUGAGCUACGCAGCGAAGUACUGCGCGCGGUUUAACUUCUCCGCUUUGAUGAGUGGCUACUGCUUGGUUUCCCCGUGCGAGAAAUUUUUGUACUUCCUGGCGCAGGACGGGCACUUGAAGAGGUUCGACAUGUGGCGGGGCAGGUGCAGCGGUGGGAGUGGAGGCGGGGGAGACGGCGGGGACGGCGAGGAGCAGGUCGCGCUGGAGGGGAGCAAGGGGGAUAGCGGCCUGGGAGGGGAUAACCCCCCCGGGGGGAGCGCGGUUCAGUCCACCACAGAUGCGGACCGUUUACCGCUAAGUGAUGACCGCUUAACGAUAGAUGCGGACCGCUCCCCCCCCUUCAAGCACUACGAGAAGCACGUCGAAACGGUGCUGGCGGACGUGAGCCCCGCGAAGAUAAACGACUUCGACGUGUGCAUGAAGCACCCCCUAAUCAUCCUGUGCUACGACGACAAUGUGAUUAAGAUAAUCAAUUAUAGGAAGAAGGAAGUGGUGAUGUCAAACUCCUUUAACAACGAACCGCUGCACCUGUCCAUUCACUGUUCGGGUCAUCUACUGCUGGUGGCCUUCACAGACAAGCUGAGGCUAUUCCAUAUCCUGUAUAAUAAGCUAAAAAUAAAAAAAGAAUUUUUUUUAAAAAAUUGCUCGUGCUGCAAAUUUUCCAAUGGAGGAAGUUUCAUGGCGGUCUCAAAAAUUUCUACCAUUUAUAUAUACAAAACGUAUACGUACGAAUUGCUCUACGUGUUGAAGUCUCACGUGAAUUACAUCACCGACUUGGUGUGGAGCUGCAACGACUUCUCCGUUUUUUCAAUCGGGAAAGAUGGCUACCUAUUUGAGUACUCCCUACACAAUAAUGGAAACAAAAAUAUGGAGGUGAUGCAGAAGGAGAAGAAGUUCUUAAGCAUCGAUUUAGAAAUUUUAAACGAAAAAAAUAAAAAAAAAGAAGAUGACAAGCAAAAUAGGGAUAAUAGUCCCAAUCAAGGGAAGUACGGAAAUGAAUAUAAAAGCUUCAACAACCUUCGAACAAAUGAAAUGAAAAAUGUGUUCGUUUCUUGUGAUGAUAAAACGAUAAAACAAUUUUGCAAUUCUAAAGUGGAAUGCGUCUUAGAGUCAGAAUAUGUUGUGGAAAAAAUUUUGCUUUAUAAAAAUAAAUUUCUCAUUGCCUCAUUUUAUAAUGGCUUUUAUUGCAGAAUUAGAUUUUACGUACUUCCUCUUUGCGGGUUGUAUUUGGAAAUUCCGUGCCACAUUUUGAAUUGUGUGAAUUUGAAGCUGGACGCAAAUAGGGAGCUCCUUUUUAGCUGCUCAAGGGAUGGCUCCAUAUACAUCUUCUCGAUAGAGAAAAUGGACUCCUCUUUUUUGUUUCAAAAUGGUUCUUCCCCGUUAGGGCAGGUCAAAAAGGGCGUGCAGGUUGGAAAUGUGCCCACUGGAGGGAAGGAGGAUGAUCAGGUGGGAAGCGUCAAUCCGCAGAGGGGGCAACUCCUAAGCAGUGCCAACGACACGACUGGUGUGUACAGCGAGGAGUUGCUGUCUAAGGGGGAGCUGCCCAGCGGGACGGCUUCUACAAAUGGAAGGGAAGCUUCCCCCAGCGGGGGUGUCCUCCCUACCGGAGGAACCGCUAACGAGAAGAAGUUGAGCCUCUCAGAUUUGAGCGCAGAAAGGGGGGAUAACCCAAUCGGGGAUGGGGCACACGAUCCAAAGGAGGAAAACAAAAUGAAAAGUAACUUCCUCGUAUACGACUUAGAGAACAAAACCAACUAUGCACUGAACGAGGAGGAAAAAGAAAGCGACGAUAUCCUCAUCGACUUUCACUACGUACAGAAGAAAAACAAAGAAUUUUUGGAAUUACAAAAAAAAAUUACAAAUUUGAAAAACCAAAUGGAGCUGGAAAUGAAAAAUAGGGAAUCGAUUCACAAGUCGGAGAUGAGCAAACUGGACAAGCAAAAAAAUGUAGAAAUAAAAAAUCUGCUAAGGAUAAAUAAAAAUAUCAUCAAAGAAAAGGACAAAGUUGAGGAGACGUGCAAGAAAACUCUCUACGAAUUGGAGGAAAAACACACCUGCUUCGUAAAUCAGCUAAAUGCACAGUUUUACCUAACGAACAAAAUAUGUGAAGAAAAAUUUUUGAAAAUCCAGGAAGAAUUCAAUUUGUAUAAAAAAAAAUCGACGGAGGAAAACCUGGACCUGAAAAAGGAGCACCAAAUGAAGGUGACGCAACUGACUGCGCAAAGGGAUGAGGAGGUGAAGAAGAAAAAUGAAUUCAUAGAGAACCUUAAGGAGAAAUACGAAAAUUUGCAGAGGGAAAAAGAGGAAUACAUAAAACAGAUCGAGGAGGACGUGGAUGAGGAGAUCCUCCUCAUAUCCCAGAAGUACGAGCAGCAGAUUGGCGAGCUGAAGCAGGACAAGUACGACUUGCUGGGCAAGUUCAAGCUGUACGAGCACAUCGAGGGCGAGCUCAAGGAGAGCAUUCAGCUCGAGAAGGAGAAGUUCGUCAAGAACAACAUCACUGCGAAGCGGCUGCAGGAGAGCAUUGACCACCUGAAGGGCGAGGUGGCGACCCUGAAGGAGAGCCUCGCGGAGAAGGACGACGAAAUCGAGAGCAAGAACAAGGACAUCUCCAACUUGAACAAAAAAACCGAGGAGCUGGAAAAGCUGAAAAUCGUCUUGUCGCAAAAAAUAAAAGAUUUGGAGUCCAAUUUAUCCCCCAAAAAUUCAGAAAUAAAAAUUAUGAGAGAAAAAAUUGAAGAAAUGUCAAAGUGCUUUGAAAACAACCACAAAAAAACAGUUAACUUGCAAAUUGAAAUUAAUGAAUACAAAAUGAAGAUCAAAUCUCUGCAUGACGAUUUGCUAUGUAACAAUAAAACGAUUGGAAAUUAUGAAAAGAUUUUGAAGAACCUACAGGAGCAUAUUAAGGAGUGCUACUUGCACCUCCAUGAUAAGAAAAUCUUUAACGCGUCCUUCCUCAAUUUGUACAAUAAAUUCCACAAGGUGAAUGACGUGAAGAACUACGACGCCAAGAAUGUCUUUUCGGAGUACCUGCGCCAGAAGGAACACCUCGAAAAUAUGAUCGAGGUGCUGAAGGACAAGCUGCAGAAGGAGUCGGAGGCCUUCCGCGCGGAGAAAAUCAAAAUGAUGAACGAAAAUUCGCUCCUCCUCAAGGAGAUCAACGAUUUGAAGGUCGAUUUGAACUUCCUCAAGGCGGAGUGCCACGACGCCCAGUUGAUGAACCGCAAGAUUCAGUUUCUCCGCAAGUACAACAAGAAGGGGGCGGUGGGCAGCCCGUCCAAGCAGGUUCCCCCGGAGGGGUAA